AACUAAGCUGCAGCCGCCAUUAAACAAAAGGAUACCGAACAGACACCGGAGACCAAGAGGGGACAGGCCAGGGACCAGAGAUCAGACACCGCGCGGGAAGUGGCUGUGCAGCACAAGAAACCAGGGCCUGAGGGGAGGGAGCUACUGGCAGAGGAUCAGAAAAAGACGGGAUUGGGAGCACUAAGGCCGGGCAGAGGACCAGGAGAGGCCGGAGCCCGGGCCUGGGUGGGAUAUGAUGUUUAAUCAAAGCAGCAGCCGGCAUUCGGGCUCCUCUCACCUGCCCCAGCAACUAAAAUUCACCACAUCAGAUUCCUGCGACAGGAUUAAAGAUGAAUUCCAACUACUGCAGGCACAGUAUCACAGUCUGAAGUUGGAGUGUGAUAAAUUGGCCAGUGAGAAAUCUGAGAUGCAGCGCCAUUAUGUCAUGUACUAUGAGAUGUCAUAUGGGCUGAAUAUUGAAAUGCACAAACAGGCUGAGAUAGUCAAGAGGUUAAAUGGAAUAUGUGCACAGGUGUUGCCUUAUCUUUCACAAGAGCACCAACAGCAGGUAUUGGGAGCCAUCGAAAGGGCAAAGCAAGUGACGGCACCAGAGCUAAACUCUAUCAUCCGUCAGCAGCUUCAGGUUCACCAGCUCUCUCAGCUCCAGGCCCUGGCUCUCCCUCUAACACCCCUACCCGUGGGGCUGCAGGCCCCGUCUCUGCCAGUCAGUGCCAGCAGUGGCCUCCUCUCCCUGUCUGCACUGGGCUCCCAGGGCCACCUUCCCAAGGAAGACAAAAAUGGCCAUGAUGGUGACCCAAGACCUGACGAUGAGGGUGACAAGUCAGAUUAAAUUGGUGGGUGGGAGGUGGUAUGGAUAAAGGUGCAGCUCAUGAAUGAUCCCAGAACUGCCAGACAGAGCUGCAACUCAAACACUAUCUUCAUUUGUUGCAGAUGUAUCUGGUAGCUUAGAGGUCAAGAAAACAGGAAAUUGUCAGCCAAGGGGUUAAUGCAUAUACCAGUUUGAAUGUAUAUGUUCAUAUCUAUAAGUACAUUUAUGUGGAAUAUACAGGGGACUGUAUAGUAAAACCAACUGAAUAUAUUAUUAUUAUUUGGUUAAAAGCACAAAAUGUCCUUACUUUCCCGUGGUAUUUGCCCCUCGCAUCGUUAUUAGCGCAAUUUAGUGCAUAGAUGCUGUAAAAUAGACGUAUGGAGUGUUGCCUCCCUGCCUGAGCGAAGCACUUGUAUAGAUUCCUUAUUGAUCUUCAUUGAGUUAUGGGUGAAGAGGCUAAAUAAAUGCUAAGUUUGCAUGCACUGUAUUUUUCUGUGCCCCUCCUCAUGGACUCUAGCUGGCAGAGUAAUGAUUUUUCCUAUAGUGGCCAUUUUAAAGCAGCAUAUUUUUUUCAUUUUAUUUUUUGUCCCUUUCAUAGUAAUUAUUUAAAAAAAAAAAAAAAAAAUCCCCUUCCACUUAUAUGCACACAGUCUCCUAAAUCUUUUGAUGUCACCUUUGAAAGCAUCCCGAAACUGUCAUUUCAAGUAUAAAAGAUGUCCCUUCCUACAAGAUUUUCCCUGACCUAUAGGAUCCCACAACAUCAUUCCUAACAUUCUUUACACGUUACAGUCUGGAAAGCUUUAACCCUGUGGCAUGUAGAGUCUAAUGAUGCUGCACCUUUCAUCUUUUAACCUGCAGAGGGGGGGGUUUGUUUUUUAACUUUUUUUUUUUUUUUUUGCCAAGGCCACUCUGGCAGUGUAGGGGUCCAUGAAAUGACGACAUCCUGCUUUUUAUUUUUUUUUCUUAAGAUGUAGCGUGUACCAUACCAGGUGUGUGCUCUGUACAUAGACCUGUAGAAAUGCUCAGAUUAUUCACCCUCUUUAUUUUACUUUAAUUUGUCUGAUCAUUGAUCCUGUUAAUAUUCUAUGUGGAAGGCGAGACUGUGCCUUUUUCAAUAAACUGUUACAAUGCCUGCUCAGAAACCAUAAAUAUUUGUUUAUUUUGUAAUGAAUGUUGAAGAGAUUUAUGCUGGUGUUUAAAAAGAAAUGGGGAAAAAAUCUGUUUUAUCAUAAUGUUGUACUUAUGUGUUUGGUCCUCUUAGAAACUGAUUUUAAUUUGCAAUAUAACCUAUAAAGUACACUCUUAAAGGGACAUAAUACCCAUAUUCUAAAUGACUUAAAAGUUGAUGCAGCAUAACUGUAAAAAACUGACAAGAAAAUAUCACCUAAACAUCUGAAAAAGGAAGGUAUUUCACCUCAAAAUGUCCUCAGCUCACAAUAGUUAGUGCUCUGAGAACAUUUAUGCUUUAGCUACUAUUAGCUGCAUUUGGGGAAAUAGCAAAUCAAUCAGCAUGCCACACUUUGCUUUUCUGUGAUCUCCUGAGAUUUCACUGAAAUGUAAUAGUAAACUUCCUUAAACUGAGGGAAAUGGCAUGACUGUGCUGCACAUGCCUGAUGCAUGCUCCCUUGCAAGUCCUGGGAAUAACAUCCUGAUUGGCUGCUUACUCCCUUUACAAUGAGAUUUGGCUACUGAGAAUUUUUUUAGGUACAAUAUCUUCAUUUUUUUUUUCUCUCAUAGAGAUGUUCAGACUUUUAACAGCUAUGCUGCAUCACUUUCAAGUGCUUCAAUAUUAGGGUAUCAUAUCCCUUUAACAUUCUUUUCUGCAAAACAUAAGCAAAUCUAUCACACAAAUUCUCAACAGAGAUAAUUCCCAAACACAGGACACAGAAAAUCUUCCAGUGUGAGCAAAUUUGUGUAAUUCAGUGAAUGCAAUUUUUUUUUUUUCACUUGUUUCAUUUCAUUUAAUGAUCCUAUUUAUGGAAGACUUGAAGAAAAAGUUCUUUGAUUAAAAAAAAACAUCUUAUGACAGUAGUUUGUAUAACAGGGACAUAUAUUCCUUGUCCUUAUGGCAAGGUUUGCUAAAGUUAUUCUAAACAUUAUUAUAAAAAGCGUGAGAAUUGAAUGUAAAAUGUGCACAAUUUGCCCCCCUUUUCUGUAAUUUAGCUUUGGAAAUUGUGGAUUUUCUAAUUACCAGAAUUGGAAAUGUACCCUGCUGACGUCUCAAGGCUAACCCUCUGUAUUUUUGCCCAGUUGGCUUUAGCAUAUAACAACUGCACAACACUUCACUUUGUAUUUAACUGCAUGUAAAAAAAUAAAUAAUAAAAGAAUAAUAGCAGCCAGAAGUAACAUUUUGAGAGGUGUUGCUCCCUGGAUCGUGAUUUGUCAAGCCCUGUUUUAAAUGAUAUUUUUUUUCCCUUGUUGCAUCUAAAAGAAAUAAACAGAAACAUUGCUUUUA